CAAUAACCAUGACAUCUUUAACUUCUGCUAAACUACGCUUCCUGCCUUAUUGCCUCGUCAUCUUCUUGUAUGUUUCAUCACCAAAUUGGGUUGCUUUUCCUGCUGCUACUUCUACUUCUGAUACUGAAGCAAAGGCUCUUAUCAAAUGGAAAGCCAGCUUAUUUCUAAAUCAAGCCCUCAAUAACCUCACCUGGUACGACCCUCCCACUCAUCAUAUUAAUGCCACCAAUUCUUCCAGCAGCAAUCCAAAACCAAAAACAAGCCCAUGCACUUGGACUGGUGUUUCAUGCAACUCAGCUGGAAGUGUCAGCAAGCUAAACCUUUCCACUUGCGGUAUUCAAGGUACGCUACAUGAGUUUUCAUUCUUGUCCUUCCCUAAUCUUGAAUAUCUUAACCUCAGCUUGAACAAACUCUUUGAUGCCAUCCCACCUCAAAUAAGUAACCUCUCCAAACUCCACCAUCUUGAUCUCUCCGAAAAUCAAUUCUCUAGGAGAAUCCCACCAGAAAUCGGUCUCCUAAGAAAUCUUACCUAUCUCUAUCUCUAUAAUAAUAAACUUUCUGGUUUGAUUCCCAAGGAGAUAGGGAACUUGAAAUCUCUUGUAGAUCUAGAGUUGGCUUACAACAAUUUAACUAGUCUCAUCCCUCCAAAUAUUGGUAACUUAGUAAAGCUAAAUACUUUGUACUUGCAUUCCAAUCAACUUUCUGGUUUGAUUCCCAAGGAGAUAGGGAACUUGAAAUCUCUUGUAGAUCUACAGUUGUCCUACAACAAUUUAAGUGGUCUCAUCCCUCCAAAUAUUGGUAACUUAAUAAACCUAGACAUUUUGUACUUGAAUAACAAUCAACUUUCUGGUUUGAUUCCCAAGGAGAUAGGGAACUUGAAAUCUCUUGUAGAUCUAGAGUUGUCCUACAACAAUUUAAGUGGUCUCAUCCCUGCAAAUAUUGGUAACUUAAUAAACCUAACCACUUUGUACUUGCAUUCCAAUCAACUUUCUGGUUUGAUUCCCAAGGAGAUAGGGAACUUGAAAUCUCUUGUAGAUCUAGAGUUGUGCGAAAACAAUUUAAGUGGUCUCAUCCCUCCAAAUAUUGGUAACUUAAUAAACCUAAGAUUUUUGUCCUUGCAUUCCAAUCAUCUUUCUGGUUUGAUUCCUAAGGAGAUAGGAAACUUGAAAUCUCUUGUAGUUCUAGGGUUGGCCAACAACAAUUUAAGUGGUUUCAUCCCUCCAAAUAUUGGUAACUUAAUAAAGCUAAACCUUUUGUACUUGAGUUCCAAUCAACUUUCUGGUUUGAUUCCCAAGGAGAUAGGGAACUUGAAAUCUCUUCAAGAUCUAAGGUUGCAGCACAACAAUUUAAGUGGUCUCAUCCCACCUGAGAUUGGCUAUGCAACCCAAAUUCAUUUGUUGGACCUUUCUUCAAAUCAUUUAGUUGGGUUGAUCCCAAAAGAAUUCGGGAAGUUGUCUUCGUUGGUGAAGUUGAAGUUGAAUGGAAAUCAACUUUCGGGUGAUAUACCGUCGGAAUUCAGAUCAUUGAAUGAUCUUGAAUAUCUUGACUUGUCAACAAAUAAAUUCAGUGACUCAAUUCCGAGCAUUCUAGGUGACUUGCUCAAAUUAUUUCAUCUGAAUUUGAGCAACAACAAGUUAUCUCAAGCAAUUCCAUUUGAGUUGGGGAAGUUAGUUCAAUUGAAUGACUUGGAUUUAAGUCAUAACUCACUUGAAGGUAGCAUACCACCAGCAAUGAGCAAUAUGAAGAGUUUGGUGACACUCAAUCUUUCCCACAACAAUCUUUCGGGUUCCAUACCAUCAAGUUUCGAAGACCUGGGCGGCUUGUCGUACGUUGACAUAUCCUACAAUCACUUGGAAGGUCCCCUUCCCAACAUCAGUGCAUUUCGAGAAGCUCCGCUAGAAAGAUUGAAAGAGAACAAAGGAUUGUGUAGCAAAGUUGGAGCUCUACUGCCACCCUGCAAUGCACAUGGCUCAAAAAAGGACCACAAGGUCAUAUUCUCUCUCCUAGCAGUAUUUGUACUUCUAUCUACUCUAUUUACAAUUGUCUUUAUAAUAGUGCAAAGAAAGAAGAAUACUAAACAAACCCACAUGCAUGGAGAAAUUUCCUUUUCGGUUUUAAAUUUUGAUGGAAAAUCAAUGUAUGAGGAAAUCAUAAGGGCAACAGAAGAUUUUGAUUCCACAUAUUGCAUUGGGAAGGGAGGACAUGGAAGCGUCUAUAGAGUGAAUUUGUCAUCUGGAGACGUAGUGGCCGUGAAGAAACUCCAUCUGCAAUGGGAUGGCGAGACAGAAUUUCAGAAAGAGUUCUUGAAUGAAGUAAGGGCACUCAGUGAGAUAAGACAUCGGAAUAUUGUGAAGCUCUAUGGUUUCUGCGCACAUAAACGACACUCGUUUUUGGUGUAUGAGUAUCUUGAAAGAGGUAGCUUGGCCGCAAUGUUGAGCAAAGAUGAAGAAGCUAAAGAGUUGGGGUGGAGUAAAAGGGUGAAUAUUGUUAAAGGCUUAGCUCAUGCCUUGUCUUACAUGCACCACGAUUGCUUGCCACCAAUUGUACAUCGUGACAUCUCAAGCAAGAACAUUUUGUUGGAUUCUGAAUAUAAGGCAUGUGUUUCAGACUUUGGCACUGCUAAGUUUUUAAAUCCAGACUCAACUAAUUGGACUGCCGCUGCAGGCACAUAUGGCUACAUGGCACCAGAGCUUGCUUACACAAUGGAAGUGAAUGAGAACUGCGAUGUUUAUAGCUUUGGUGUGGUCACAUUGGAAAUAAUUAUGGGAAAGCAUCCUGGAGAUCUUUUCUCAUCUUUCUCAUCAGUCUCUUCAUCCUUCUCCUCCUCAUCGUCAUCUACAUUACCAGCCCAUCAAAUACCAAUUGUGGAUGUUUUGGACCAACGCAUCUCCCCUCCUACGCAUCAAGUUGCAGGCGAAGUGAUCUCUCUUGUGAAGAUAGCAUUUUCAUGCUUGGAUUCCAACCCGAAAUCUCGUCCAACAAUGAAACAAGUUUCUCAUCUCCUCUCAACUCAGAUACUGCAUUUGUCGAAGCCGAUACAUAUUAUGACAUGUGGUGAAUUGCUUGCUCUUGAUCCUUUGGCUACCUGAUUAGAACGUGAUUCUUUGCUACACACAUUUCAUUUUCUCUGUCUUCUUUUCAGAAGAAAGAUUCUCCAUAGAUAGAUGUUUCCUUCUUGUAAUUUAUU